AUGUAUAACAAUUAGACAGUUCAGUUAGUUGGUCGAUUGAGUCCUAAAACAAAGAUUAAUCUAGAAUAACAAAACUUACAUAAGCUUUCCAAUAAAAUGUUAGCUAAACACAUUAAUCCUGACAUUGCACUUGUACCAAUGCUUGAUGACAUUAUACCAUGUAGUAUCAAAAUGAGUAUCAGUUAGUGAAAUUUUGAAUUAGAGAAAAAUGUUGUAAUCGGUUUAACCGAUCCAAUAUUAUGAAGAACAAAGACCAUCAAGAACUAUUUUUACAACUCAACCAAAAUCUCAAACACAUAAGUCUUCAAGAUCAAUAAAGUCUAAUUCAACUCAUAGAGAUCAAAAAUCAAGAAUGUCUAAUCAAAAAUAUGAAUUAAUGAGUUGUUGUUCAUGUUCUUGUUGUGGAUGCAGUAGAAAAAGUUCAACAAGACUAAAGAAAUCUCCAACACCCACUCCUAAAGUAAGAAGAAAUUAUUAAGAAAACCCAUCAACUAAUAAAUCUAAUAAAUCUAUAAGUAUAAUUAUUUAUUUAUAUUGUUUAGAAUAAUCUUCAAUUGCUAGUUCAGAAUCAAAAAAAGUUAGAAAAUAAAAAAUUUUGAAUUCUUCCUAAUAAACUAAAUAAAAAUGUGAAUAUCAUCAUUAUGAACACAGAUAAUCACAUUUAACUACUCAUUAAUCAAAUAGAAAACCAAGACCUUCAAGUGCUGCUAUGAUAAAUCCUGAAACAGCUAGAAAAUAAAAAUUGAAAGAAUAUUAAGAAAAAUAGAAAUUAUUACAAAAUUUAUAUAGUGCUAAAUAACUUUAACCAUAACCUAGAGAAUAAAGUCUAUCAAAAGUUGCAUGGAGAGCAGAUAUAUCAAGAGUAUUAUUUAUAUUUAUAUUAUUUAGAUUGAAGAAGGUAAAUUAAGAAAAAGUAGAAUUGAAAAAAUUGUUUAAGUUUAAAAAGAAAUAUUAAAUAAAUCUUUAUCAAGACAUAGAAGUGCAUCAAAAUAAGAAUCAAAAAAGAUUGUACCUCCUCCUGAUCCUCAAAAAUUGAAAUUAUUAGAUCAAAGAAAAAAAUUAAUGGAAAAGAAAGAUCAAAAAAUCAUUCAUGAUAAAAAAGAAGCUUAAAGAUUAAAAUAAGUUCUUAAUUAAUUAAAAAAAUAAAAAUAAGAAGAAAAAGAAUUAAAAAAUAAAAAAACAGAAUAAUUAUCUAAAUUAGAAAAAUAUCAAAAAGAAAAUAGAUUAUAAUGUAAAAAAAAAAGAUUUGAACCAACAGAAUAAUAAAUAGAAUAAGCAUUUUAAAUAAUAUCAAGUGAUAAAAUAGAUAAUGAAUAAUCAAUCAAAUGA